AUGUGCGAUCCUGAACAAGAGUCCUGUGAAACCCACGCGGAAUGGCAGCAUGAGUUUGAGAACAGUUUCAAAAACCAGACAACAAUCAAUGAUAUAAAAGCAACACUCCCUCCAAAUUCUCCUCGCAGAUCAUCAAAGACGUUGACAUGUGCGAUCCUGAACAAGAGUCCUGUGAAACCCACGCGGAAUGGCAGCAUGUUCUCGGUUAAUUUAUGCGACAACGAGAAAUCUUUAACGAUUAGAGCUGUGUGUUUCAACGAAGACAUCUACCCGAAGCUCGAGUCGAACAAAACCUACGAAUUGGAGUCGUUCAAGGUAAAGAAAUCGUUUGGGGACAAAGCAACCUCGGAAUUGGUGCUUGACCAUGAAACCAAAAUUACAUUGGCGGCCUCCCAGGUUCAAAUAGAAGAUUGCAGCUACACUAUUUCGGAGAUUUUGAGAGGAGAAACGGGCGACAAGAGAUUUUUGAAUGUGAAAGCGAAGGUCGUAAGUCUCGAAAAACCUUGUGUAGUUGGCACCUUUCCAGAAACCAAAACAAAGAGAACUGUUUGUGUCGGGGAUAUGACGGGGCAGAUGGAAUUGAUUCUUUGGCGAGCGGGCUGA